ACCGAGAAGAUGCAGUCCACAAUGGAGAUAGUGACCCCGGUUGCCGAUGAGAAAGAGCGCUUAUUCCAAUGCAGUACAUGCCAGCGCUCCUUCACGCGAAUUGAUCAUCUCAUGCGUCAUGUACGAUCGCAUACCAAAGAAAAGCCAUACAUAUGCCCAACGUGCGAAAAGGGGUUUGCCAGAAUCGAUCUACUCAAGAGGCACAGCGAGAACCAUAAAUCUAAAAGAGCGAGGAAAGAGAUUGUUCGUCAGAGCAGAGUGGUGCAAGCCUGCGAAGAGUGUUCGAAUCUCCACUUGCGAUGUACCGACGACAAACCCUGUACGAGGUGCCUGAAAAAGAACAUCACCUGCCGAGUAGCUUCAUCUGACCAAAAUACGCUGGAUGCUGCGCAAGGUCUACUGGAAAUUUCGCACCAUCCUGGUUACGAUCCACAUUCGCAACCUCCCGAGCAGGAUUACGGAGAGGAACCAUACCAGCCACCAGAAGGCAUAUCAGCGAUUGAUCCAAGCCUAGAUGCCCCCAAUGAAGAUGCAUCUAUCAAUAUGUCGAACGAUUCGCACUCUACCACAGAAUUACCAGCUUCAAUCACCCCGUAUGUGGAUGGAAACAUUGUUAUGUUUGAUAACCAGUCGCCCAUGGAUCCACUAUUGCCAGACUACGUCCGUAAUAUGCAACAGGAGUCAUGUCUCUCCGGUUUUGCUACGCCCCGUAAUGCAAUGGAUCUGAGCUUCAAUUGGGAUAUGGAUUUUACUGCACUCGACUUUGGCAUGCUUGAUCAAUUUAAUACUCAGGGCCUGCCCCAGAUGGACCUGCUGUCCACGGAAAUCCAAGACAGCUUUCGGACACCCCAACGCGAAAUGACCAACCCCGACAACCAUGACGACGUUUCUGCAAGGGCUGAAGUUUUCAAGGACAGUGUCUGGAAAUACCAGCCGUCAAGAAACAUCAAUCCCUCGAUUGCAGAUGAGUCACAUAUUGCGUUAUCAGAUGGCAAUGCUAGUCGUCAACAGCAUCCCCGCAUGCCCGUCCGCCGAGUAAUCAACGAACGGCUUGCUUCUGUGUCAAGAGACAAGUUGCUAGCACUCAUUCUCAGCUCCUCAAACCCCUCGAAUCUUGAGCGUAUAUCUUCGGGGUUUCCAUCUCUCGACCUUUUGGAUGGCACUAUCCAGAAAUUUUUCACCGCUCCAUCGAUCAAUGCCGCAUCGUGGUUCCACGUGCCGACGUUUUCACUAGCAACAACCACCCCAGAGCUUUUGAGUUGUAUCGUCGCUGCGGGCGCGUUCUCAAUGCCUGAUGUGGCUUUACAAAAACUCGGUCUAGCUUUCCAAGAAGCUUCUAUGACCGCUGUUGCAAAGGUUGUUCAGCAUGAUAACUCCGCGGUGCGCAACAUACAAUUCCUGCAAGUACAAAUGCUCCAGAUUGAGGUUGCAACCUGGAGUGGUAUCAACAGAAAGAUGGAAAUUGCCGAGAGCUUUUUCCAAAUACCUGUCACUAUGCUUCGGCGCGGAGGUAGAUUCCGCCACUAUACCUGGAAAAAUAUCGUACCUGAUCCUAAUGAUUCGGGCUCCGAGCUACAAAAGAAAUGGCAGGAUUGGGUCUCUCAGGAGUCAUGGGUCCGGCUAGCCCAUCGCUAUAUCGAGUUCGACUGCCAGUCCUCCAUUGCUUUGUUGAAGACGCCACUCAUCCAAUAUUCUGAAAUGCAAUUGCCAAUACCCUGCUCCGAUCAUUUGUGGUAUGCACCUUCUGCUUCAGCAUGGAAAACAGCGUAUCUCGCAAACCCACCUGCAGAGCGACCAAAUCCUCACAACUGUUUACACGGCUUGGGACAUGUCGCCCAUCAAGGACCAGCGCAUCUGGCAUACUUAUACGUGUUAUGGGGAAUGAUAUUCGAUUAUCGGCAAAUGCUGCAGCUGAUGUCAACAGCACCCGCUACAAGCAAUAGCUUGCUGCUCCCUUCGCGUUGUACAGAACUUUUAAAGCUAUGCGAAGUCUUUCGAGUUAGUACAAGAGCCACAGACAAGCACGCCGAUAUUAUGAUGGAGGUGCUUCUCAUGCAUAUCUACGUGCCCAUGGACGAUAUCCAGACUUUUGCCGGUAUCGCAGGACCUGAGGAAGCCAGACACUCGUACCCUGCAUUGAGAGAUUGGGCGGCGACGAUCCCUGCGCGACAAGGUCUUUGGCAUGCAGGUCAGGUCAUACGGCUUAUAGAGUCACUGCCGAAAGGCACACUGCGCAAUUUCUACGCCAUGAUGGUGUAUCAUGCCGGUUUAGUGCUGUGGUCCUACGGGAUGUUGAGGCGUCCGAGCCAGAAUAGACCGCCUUGUGACGAUGAUGAUGUGGCGGUCAGGCUCAACUGCGAGGAGUGUAUCGAAGUGAAGAGGUUUAUCACUUUCGAGCGCGGACAGCCCAUGUUGAGGCGCUACGGCUCGACAGAAGCAGAUGCGCUGUUGUCGGCUCCUUCGGAUGUGAUUGUUAUGAUCAUGCAGGUGCUACAACAAAACCAUGAUGCUAUAGAUGGUGCGUUGCCGUCACUAGUGGAGAGCCUGUUACAUCUAUUGUUGGGAUUGAGGUCUGCCACUCAGCAAUGA